UCAGACACAUGCUGUGGUAGGACUCCACUAGGGGGUUCUAGUACAGAUAAUGUUUGCCUAAUUGAUGAACAGGUCAGACGUCGAUGAGGAGAGAGUUGACGAUGCUAGACGCACAUGUGCUAGAUCACUUAGGAUCCUGCACGUGUUCCAGGCCUUAGAACCGGGAGAAGAAAGACGGCUACGCAGAGCCCGUGCACUAGCAGCAGCUAGGGAAAUAGCGAACUCCGUAGCUAGGGAACAGGCUGCAGCAGCAGUCAGGGCAGCCGCCAUGACUAGUUCAGCAGCAUCCUCUGCUGCGUUGUCUGGGACCAAUGGGACCCAUUUGGGAAUGCCAACAGGGUCCACGGGUACUUCCAGUUCGUUGKGUUCUCGUCAGUCUACAAGUCAAAUGGCGGGCUCGCAGUUCAGCCCGUUGACUCCUUGCGAAAGGGAGCUCAGGGAGCUCCAACAGGUCGAAAGGAUCCGUGAACGAUUAGAGAGGGAACUGAAACAAACUACCGACAGAGAAAGGGAGAUUAAAAAUAGAGCAGCCAGGCUUGAUACUGUAGAGGCUGACAAGGCUGAGUUAGAGGGCUUGGAUGAGUCAGCAUUGUCUGACCAGAUGAAAACACUAAAGAAGAAUAUGUUGUCGCUGCAUGCGCACGUGGACAGCAAAUUGGACCUCAUGCAAAGCACUCUAGACCAAAUCCUGGAUGUUUUAACAAGGCCAGGAUUCACGCCACCAGCACAAUCGCCGUUGCCGUUAUCGGCGAUGUCAGGCCCCUUUCCAGUUCAAGCUGGCACACAGCCAAGUGGUACGUCUGCAGCAGCCGCACAGACUGUUGCAUCUUCUUCUUCGGGUCCAGCGGUGGGAGCUACACCACCGCAACAACCUGUUCCUCAACAGGGACAGCCGCAAGGUCAAUGGUAUCCUAAGACCCCAAUGAAAUCGCCUCUUGCCUUCUCAGGCGAGAGAAAGGACGAAGAGCUUAACACUUGGUUGAGGACAGUCCCGGUUUGGGUGACGGCCAAGAGGACCUUGCUGGAGGACGAAGUGGUUACUUCUGCAUCUUACCUCGACGGUAAGGCAGCCAAGUGGCUAGAUGGUGUAGUUGUAAAGGCCGAGUACGGGCGGCGCAUGGCGGACUGGGCUAAGUCUUUAACGUUAGACCAGUUCAUGGAGAUGGUAGAAGCUCCAUGGCAUAAUCCACAGGAGGCACAAAGAGCCACUGAUGCGAUUAACAAGUUAGACCAACGAAAGUUCAAGUCGGUUAGAGAGCUUACGACUACCGUUGAGAGCCUGCUCCUCGUUCCAGGCAUCAACAACAGUGACCAGUUCCUGUUAACUACGUUUGUUAGAUGUCUUCCAGAGAACAUCAGGAACUUGCUGGCCAGUGAGGCACGCGUCGAGUACCAUUCGUUUGAGACAUUGUCUAGGAAAGCCCUAGGCAAUGCUCAGCCCUCCCACAAUGACACGAAGAAGAAGAGGAGUCCUCAAGAGUGGAAGAAGAAGGGGGCGAAGUUCAUGAUGGUUGAGUCCGAUGGGACUCAAACGGAAAUCGAUGAGCUCACUGACUUGAUGGACUACUCAGAGUACGACGGCGAGGAGACCGCUGAGGGUAGCACCCUCGCCACACUUGUAAAGGCUAAGGCAGGUGGCCGAGGGAAGGGCCAACCAAAGAGUCAAGGGAAGGCCGCCUCCAACCAGACCAAAGUGGCUGAUUGGGUGAACGCAGGUCUUGAUCAAGACGUGUGGCGUGACCGCCGAGUGCGUGGCGCUUGUAUCAACUGCGGGGAAUACGGUCACUCGCAGUACAAGUGCCAGAACGCAAAGAUACCCUCCCCACUUCACGAGAAGGCCAAAGCUAACGACUCUUUAGUCACCCCGCAGACUCAUCUAGACCAAACUAUGCUCUGUACGUUAGAUGUGUCCGAUGCCGUAGAAGACUUGGAGAGAGUUGUUGAAAGGGAAGUUGUCCACGCUAUAGAAAUCAUUCCAGGGAGUAAGACCCCAAAGGGAAGGAUCUAUAGGAUGGCUCCCGCCGAGUUAGAUGAACUUCGGCGACAGCUUAAGGAGCUGACAAAAAAGGGAUGGAUUCGGCCUAGUACUUCCCCUUACAGAUCUCCCGUGCUAUUCGUACCGAAGAAGGGGGGUACAUUGAGGAUGUGCAUUGACUAUAGAGGCCUCAAUGCCAUCACUGUGAAGAACGCAGAGCCUCUACCUCGCAUAGACGACCUAUUGGAUAGGGUGCAGGGAUGCAAGUACUAUAAGAUAGACUUGAAAUCUGGCUAUCAUCAGAUCGCUAUAAGGCUUGAGGACCAACACAAGACAACUUUCCAAACUCUUUAUGGUCUGUAUGAGUUUGUAGUGAUGCCUUUUGGUCUUUGCAAUGCGCCGGGAACAUUCCAGCACGCUAUGAAUCGGAUCUUCCAUGACCAUUUAGAUAAGUUUGUCGUGGUCUAUCUAGACGACAUUCUGAUCUUUAGUAAGUCUGUCGAGGACCAUGCACAACAUGUUGAGACGGUACUUUCACUCCUUCGACAACACAAGUAUAAGGUCAACUUAGAGAAGUGUGAGUUUGGUCGCACUAAGAUACUAUACUUGGGUCAUGAGGUAUCCGCGGAAGGGAUUAGGCCGGAAGAUGCGAAGGUGGCUAGUAUUCGAGACUGGCCACGACCUCAGACAGUCACUGAGGUCACAUCAUUCUUAGGAAUGUGCGGCUACUAUAGGAACUUCGUUAAGAACUAUUCUAAAGUCGCCUCUCCUUUGACUGAUCUAACUCGACUUGACACGCCGUGGGACUGGAGUGAUGAGUGCGAGGGUGCUUUCAAGAGACUGAAGCAUGCACUCAUGAAUCAUGAGGUCCUCAUGGUUCCUGGUCCUCAGAAGCCAUUCAUAGUGACCACUGAUGCAAGCCAAUAUGGCAUUGGCACAGUGCUGGCUCAGCAGGAUGGGAAAAAGUUGAGACCGAUUGAGUACAUGAGCAAGAAGAUGCCAUUGAAGAAGUUGGCAAAGUCCACCUACGAAAGGGAACUCUAUGCUCUAUACAAAGCACUUGUCCAUUGGAGACACUUCCUAUUGGGAAGGUUCUUCUACUUGAGGACUGAUCACCAGACCCUCAAAUGGAUCAAGAGUCAACCGGCUCUUUCUGACGCACUCAAGCGAUGGAUUGAGGUCAUAGACCAAUAUGACUUCAAGCUUGAGUAUCUGAAGGGAGAGUAUAACAAGGUUGCUGAUGCGCUAUCACGUAGAGCAGACUACCUAGGUGCGCUAGUUUCUAACUUUGGCGUAUCUGAAGAAGUAACUCAAUCAUUGGUGGGAGCCUAUCAGGAAGACCCUGUCACGAUGGACAUCAUGCGCAAACUUCAGGCUAAAGACAAGGCAACGGAAAGACAGAGUGUUUCCAUGGAUUUCAUGGACACCCUGGUGACUAGUAAGAGUGGCAAGAGGCACAUCUUCGUCAUCAUCGAUCGAUUCACCAAGUACGCUAGACUAGUGGCUAUGCCAGGGACCGCAAGAACUGACUAUGUCAUCAAGUUGUUCAAAGACAACUGGGUGCGUGACUUUGGUUUACCAAAGUCAAUCGUUAGUGACCGAGAUGUCCGAUUCACAAGUGAGCUGUGGAAGAAGACUGCUGAACAGAUGGGCAGUCAACUUCAGAUGACUUCAGGGAAUCAUCCUGAAGCCAACGGACAAGCCGAGCAAAUGAACAGAGUCGUACAGCAUUUGCUGAGGCAUUACAUCAAGCCCAGCCAGAAUGACUGGGAUGAGCAGUUGCCUCUCAUCGGCAGCCAGUACAACAAUGUUGUUCAUAGCAGUGUCGGCGUUAGUCCUAAUCAGCUACACUUGGGAUGGAAGCCUAGAUCAGCAUUAGACUUCCUCCUACCUGAAAACUGACCCGCUGCAACUCCAGGCACACUUGAGUAUGGUGUGCAGUAUGAGAAGUUGCUGCAAGAAGCUGUCGAGAACAUGAAGAAAACUCGGCAAGCAAUGAUUGCUUCUGAGAAUCAACACCGUAGACAGUC